ACCCGCCAGGGCACAUUUCGUUCAGUGAACGCAACGAGUAACGUUGUUCGGUCGGAUCUACUCCGCUCACACGCCUGCUAUACCCUUUUCGUUGACUACUUCGAUUUACUAAGUGUAGCUCCAAAUAGUGAAAAGCCGUCUAUGGGAGGUAUAGGAAACGAAGUUAACUAAAAUGUGUUGAAUAUUCGCCACAAUUAGUCAGGAGGAGUGAGUGAAAAGUGAAAAUAUAAAGUGUAAAGUUCAAGUGAACAAAAAGUAACUAGUGGUGCGGCCGCUCAGGUGGAACCGACUGGUGACUGAAAGAUAAUAAAAAGUGAAACUUUACAACUGCUGGAUAGUUGAAACAAAUUAACAGUGUAUUGAACAACCAAUUGUGAAGAAUUGUAAUCUUUGAGAAGCAAAUAAAAUGGCUGUGCAUGUGGAUAGCCUGCUGUUAUCAGAAAUUGGACGUUCAAUCUCGUUGGACACAGCGACGCGCCUAAGAGAAGCCGCCAUGAGUAAACUGAUUCGCCAGGUUUCGAUCGAAACACCCGCACAGAAGAUCAAAGACUGCGUGUUCAAUCUGGUGGUCCCAGUGCCGGACACGCCACCCUACGGGGCACGUAUUCUGCUGGUCUACGCCGGAGCAUGCUAUCGUAAGAAUCAGUCCACAUCUAUCUCGUCCAUCAGUAGUCAGCUGUCGGAUACGGGUGACAUUACCACAUCGUUGCACAUACUGGCAAAACAGUUGCAGAGUGGCAAUUUUUCCAGUAUUAGCGAGGAAGGUCCGGACAAUACGGCCAUCACAGCACAUCAAACUUCGGUUACCAUCCAGCCAAACCCGGCAGCACAUCACGGCGUUCGGGACGGAGCUCUGUUCCCGGGCUUCGAAGUAGCUGGAGUCAUUGAAUCGCUGGGUAGUGAACUGAAAGAAGACUGUGGCUUCAAGGUGGGCCAACGGGUGAUCAUUUAUCCUUUCGAGGGUGUACCGGCCGGCUACUCGGAGCUGAUGGUGGUUCCCGACUUGAUGUAUCUGGUUCCUAUUCACGAGUCACUCCCGCUCAGUGUGGCGGCUACGCUGCCUACCGGUGCUCUGCUAGCCCAGAGCGCUAUCAUUUCGGCACACAAAAUCGUCGAUAAUCUGCUGUCGCAGCGACCGAACGAGAAGGUGAAGAUUCUGAUUGUGGGUACCGGCGGGUUGGCACUGUGGGCGAUUCGGAUCGCCGCGCAGCACUUCUACGCGCCGGGCACCAAGGACAAGAUACAGAUCACGGUGGCGAGUUUGCGGGACGAGGGCUUCGUGAUGGCGAAGAAGUGUGAAAAAGUAAACAUGGUUCAGUGGAACGAGGAUCUGUACGAGAAGCAGCUGAUCGAGCGCACCCACGAUGCCUGCGACGGUCUGGUGGAUAUUGUGAUCGAUUUUGGUACGACAUCACGCAGCUUGCACCGGUCCAUGCAGUGCCUCAAGAAGGGUGGAACCGUGUUUAUUAGCGACGAGAUCGCUGAGAAACUGAUGGCAAAAUUCGCCAAACGAGCAGAAGACCGUGGGGUCUCAAUCGUGGUCGUCCCAACUGGAACCAUCGAGCAGUUGCAUGAGCUGGUCAAGCUGGUGGCUGCCAAUGAGAUCGAACCGCCACCGCACACAGUAUUUCCCUCGGAUCAGGCCGCCGAAGUGGUACUCAAGCUGGCUAGUUCGGAAAUCCCCGGGCGCGCCAUCUUGAGAUUCCACGAUAUCGAGUAAGUCGGUCCUCCCAUCUUCAUAAUCUGCAGUACUCCUAAAUACCGUUACACGGAACCCAUACUUACUAUGAAGAAAACAAGUGAAUAGUAACACAGAAAUUGCAAAUGGAUGAAGUCAUUACUUUUGUGCAGGUCAAAAGUGCACCACGAAGCGCUUAUUCAUUCUUAUUUGUACGAUUAUCUCAUCCGAAGCGAGUGAUGCGAGCGGCAAAAAUGUCACACAUCAUAGCGACAGAUAGCGUAAACCAGCUAAAGAAAAGCAAAACAAAUUUAGUAUCAUUAGAGAAGCAAACAAAAUUACAUUGAAAUCGAUAAAUGUAUAAUUUAAUCCAAUGGCUAAUAUAAAGCAACAGUUAAGUAAAACAUUGCAAUUAAUCCGUACUUGCUUGAAGUUUUUUCGAUUAUCUACGUUUAGUCAGUAGAUGUCAGUGUCUUUCAACAUUACCAAAAAAACAAAUAAAAGAAAACGGCUCGCAUCUUUUCACCCAUUUUAAUGAAUCUUUUUUAUUUGUAUUAUUAUUUCAUUUCCGGACUGGUUAGCUAGGCAAAACCACUCAGAAUCAGAUAUAUACUGGUGAUCAAUUUUAGGAAACGGUAAUUCAAUCGACACAUAAAUAUACACACACACAUCAAUUACAAAGGAGCUACAAAACUUUCACACAAUAAUCAGAGCUGAUUUGGGACAACAGUUUUGGUUGAACAUGAUUUUAAAUAGGUACACAUUUAAACAAAAACAUCAAGAAAUCGUCGUAUGGACUCUAAAAUAACGAGAAGACGCAAGCAGGAUAGAGUUUUGACUAUCAAUCAGGGAUUUUACUAAAGUGGCGAUGGUUUCGGAAAGACUCACCAGUGGUUAGUAGAAGUUAACCGGAACAAACAUUUGCUAGCAUCUCAAUGCUUGAUAAGAGGAACGCAAUCAGCAGGACAGCAGAUAAAGAAAUCUUCGUGUAUGAUUAUAAGAUAUGAUACCAUACUUCAGUUGUGAUUAGUGUUUUCCGUUACUGCGUGUUCCGAAUCCAAAGGAUUUGGGCCGCAGGCGGUGAACGUGUUUGAGUUAGUUUUUUUUUCUAUGUUAUUAUACCUUUAACUUAAAACAAUGGAGAAGCAAAACAAACAUUAACGAUAAAAAUGCGAACGCAAAAUGUUGAUUAAAAUAAAAUUACUAAAAUGACGCGGUGUGUUUAGGAUUAAAUUACCACUUAAUUAUUUAGCCUAAUGGAAGCAAAAAAGCAAGCAGAACAGAAGGUAAGCAAAGCAUGUGUAUUAUUGAGUAAAAUAAUAAUAAAACAAAACACUGUAUAGAAGUUUCAAAAAUUUGAAAUAA